AUGAUGAAGUACUUGGGCCCAGUGUUGCUGUUCAGCACUGUAGCACUUGCCCACCCAAAGGGUCUUUGGUGGGGAACCGACUUUUGUUAUCCAAGCCCGGAGAACACUGACAACCAUUGCUCUCCAUCUCAGGAGGCUGGGUUUGAUUGGUCUCAGUUAGCCGAUGGGGAUAACUGGAGCUACGAAGGAUUCAGCUUCAAUGGCUUUGGGCCCAAGGAUGGCUGCCGUGCUUCGGGAGGCAAAUGUAUUGAGGGAAGACUUUCCCAGGACGAUGACUGGGCCCUGCAAAUCGAUGCUGACCAGGCUCCGUUCUCUGUCCAAAAAUUCCACAUCACCACCUCAAGGGACGUUGAUUUGAUCAUGACCUACACUCUGGCAAAUGGUAAAACAUGUCACCAGGUCGCCUCUACUACUCCCCAAGGAUCGGAUGUUGUCAAUGAGCAAUGCGGUGGCGCGGUAUCAGUCAGCUUCCAGCUCGCUGUUUUUAAUCAAGUGGGUGAUGUUGACCUAGAGCUUCAUCAAGUUGGCUUCGACUGCUCUCCGGGACCAAAGCCUGCUGGACCUCUCGUUGAGACUCAUUCUCAAUCUUAUCUCCCACCAACUCCCGCCAGUCAUACAAUCUCUAUCGUCUACACCAAGCCUCCUCAGGCCCACACGUCUCAGCCAGAGGCUCAUACGUCACCUAGCAAGCCUGUUGAGAUGACCACUUCUACAAAGUGGAUCACAGAAGAAAUCACUGUGACUAAAUGCCAUCCUACUGUGACCGAUUGCCCAGCUCACUCCACAGUCAUCUCUUCACAUAUCAUUCCCACAACUACAUUAUGUUCUGUGACAGACGCAGUUACACGACCUACCGCACCGGCUUCUCAUUCAAUCUCUCAGCCCGCUUCCACAGCCCCCGCUCAACCAAGCUCACCCAGCAAACCCGAAUGCCCUGAUUUGGUCCCUAAGUGCUUAAACACUUGGCUCUCUGUGCCCAAUUGCAGCUCAAACAGCGACACGGCCUGUUUCUGUCCCUCUUCUGAGUUUACCAGCAAGUACAAGUCCUGUGUGAGCGCUUGGAGUACCUCCAAGGAACAAGAAGAUUCUGCCUUAUCCUACUUCGCUGGAAUUUGCGCCUCAUACAUUCCAAAGAACCCAGAUAUCAUCAGCCUGGUCCCUUCAAACACCGCUACCGCUCCCACUCAUGUCCCAACUGCCGUCGUCCCUGCACCUACAGAGCCUGCUACGCCAGUUACAUCUGAGCCAAUGCCUCCUUGCACGACUAUCACUUGGUCCUCUCAUACUGUAACUGUUCCGCAGGUCCAGUUCAGCACCAGUACUGGUGUCUCUACCACUGUUGUUGGUCUUGUGCCUGGUCCAACAAGCCACUCUACUGUCCCGACCCCUACACCCCUGUCACACACCACUUGCAAAUUUUCUUUCACAACUGUGCCCACGAAGACAACAAGUACGACAUGUACAACCUCGGCUUCCACUUCUACUACUACUGUUGUUCCCACUUCUACCCCGACUUUUGUCAGCUCUAACUCUGCUUCUAAGAUGUUCUCGGGUUGUGUAUGGGCUGUCGGUGUUGCGUUCUUUAUUAUCUCUCUUCAGUAA